AUGGUCAAAGAAACUGCUUUUUAUGACUUACUAGGUGUCUCACCAUCUGCUUCAGAAGCUGAAAUCAAAAAAGGUUACAGAAAAGCCGCUUUAAAAUAUCAUCCAGAUAAAAACCCUUCAGAAGAAGCUGCUGAAAAAUUCAAAGAAAUCUCUGCUGCCUAUGAAACUUUAAGUGAUUCUCAAAAAAGAGAUAUCUAUGACCAAUAUGGUGCCGAAGGUUUAGCCAGUGGUGGUCCAGGUGGUAUGGGCGGUAUGGGUGCUGAUGAUAUAUUUUCACAAUUCUUUGGUGGAGGUAUGUUUGGUGGUGCUGGUGGUGCUCCAAGAGGUCCUCAAAAAGGUGCCGAUAUCAAACAUUCUAUUAGUGCCACUUUAGAAGAACUGUACAAAGGUAGAACUGCCAAAUUAGCCUUGAACAAAACCAUUCUCUGUAAAUCUUGUGAAGGUCGUGGUGGUAAAGCUGGUGCAGUUAAAAAAUGUACUUCAUGUGGCGGUAGAGGUGUCAAAUUCGUUACUAGACAAAUGGGUCCAAUGUUGCAAAGAUUCCAAACCACUUGUGACACUUGUAGUGGUUCAGGUGAUAUCAUUGAUCCAAAAGAUCGUUGUACUUCUUGUCAUGGUAAAAAAACACAAUCUGAAAGAAAGAUCUUACAAGUUCAUAUUGAUCCAGGUAUGAAGAAUGGUCAAAGAAUUGUCUUCAAAGGUGAAGGUGACCAAGAACCAGAUAUCAUCCCAGGUGAUGUUAUCUUUGUUGUUGAUGAAAAACCACAUGAAUUAUUCAAGAGAAAAGGUGAUGACUUGAUCUAUGAAGCUGAAAUUGAUUUAUUAACUGCUUUAUCUGGUGGUGACUUACACAUCAAACAUGUUAGUGGUGAAUACUUGAAGGUUACAAUUAUUCCAGGUGAAAUUAUAUCUCCAGGUCAAGUUAAAGUGAUUGAAAACAAAGGUAUGCCAAUCUAUAAAUUAGGUGGUUAUGGUAACAUGUUUGUUAAAUUCACAAUCAAAUUCCCAGAAAACAAUUUCACAUCUGAAGAAAACUUGAAGAAAUUAGAAUCUAUCUUACCUCCAAGAAGAAAAGAAAACGUUCCAAAAGAUGCUGUUGUCGAUGAUGUUAUUUUAACUGAAUACAAUGAACAUAAACACGAAUCAAGAAGAAGACCAAACUAUGCUCAUGAUGAUGAUUCAGAUGAUGAAGGUGCUGGUCCAGGUGUUCAAUGUGCCUCUCAAUAG